AUGUCCGAAUCCAAAACAACACAAUAUUCGGGUUCCGGUUCAGGAUCUGGGAUAGGUUCAGAGUCUCGCAAUACUAGCUUCGACCAUAGCCAUGAAAUCACUGAUUUCCAUGGACACGAAGAAGAAGAUAUGGGAUUUCCAGAGCGUCAGCUAACGAGAACACAGUCUGUUAUUCAAAGAGUUCAGACCAAACUUUCCUUUUUCAAUGAAAAGCUAGAGUCUGAAAGAUGGAUGUUGGUACGCCGUUUCUUCUACAUUUACCUUCUCAUGGGGCUGUUAAUGCUCUCUGUUUUCUCCAUUUAUUGGGGUUCAAUGUAUGGCCGUGAGAACCGAAUGAAAAAUCUACGGAUGUUGGUCGUUAUUGAGGAUGACGAGACAGUCAAUGGAAUUCCUCCCGUCAUUGGUGACCAUGUGAGACAAAUUUUGCAGCUGCCUUCGGCCCGUCACAUGGGGAACUGGCUCAUCCAGAACACUACAGAGUUUGAGCAAAAAGCUGCUGAGCACAACAACACGAUUUUUCAAGAAAUUCAACGCCAGAUCCACCAUCAGAACUAUUGGUCAUCGAUUUACGUCAAGAAGAAUGCGUCAUCUGGAUUGUACAAUGCCAUUGUUACCGGUGACACCAGUUAUAAUGUUUCCUUCAACUCUAUUGUCUCGUUUUACGAGACGGGCAGAGACUUUAUGGCCAUGAACCAGUACGUUACGCCAACUGUACGAGAAAUUGAAACGAUGGUGACGCAGUCACAAUCAGAUGUAAUGUCGAAACUAUUACAAAAUGCAAAUCACUCUAAGGUUUUUUCCAAUCCUGAUGCUAUUAAAGUUGCAUCUACAGGGCUUGAUUUCACUUUCAUUGAUGCACGCCCUUACUCAGAUCCAGUUUUGGUUGCGCCUUCACAGGUUCGUUUAAUCUAUACGAUCAUCAUUACGUUUUUCGCCUUCAAUUUUUUCAGUGAUAUCCAUAGACAAGUUCUGCUGAUGGGCGUCAAGGUAGUGGAUCUCAUGCUUUACCGAGUUAUUUCUACGAUGAUCACUUUUUUCUUUAUGAGUCUCUUUUAUUCUUUGGUUACGCUUGCCUUUCAAGUUGACUUCACCAAAGCGUUUGGCAAAUCCGGCUUUCUCGUAUACUGGAUGACUAACUUCUUGACCAUGUGGGCAGUGGGUGCUAUGAAUGAGGCGAUGGGUAUGAUGUUUAUUUUGAUUUAUCCUCCGUUGAUGGGUUUUUGGAUGUUGUUCUGGGUUAUUCUCAAUAUUGCACCUACUUUCACCCCUUUGGCUCUCAGUCCGAAGGUUUAUCGCUAUGGGUAUGCCAUGCCCAUCUACAACUCAUAUGAGAUCACAAAGGUAAUUUUCUUUGAUACCUACAAGGGCCAUAUGGGUCGUAACUACGGUAUUUUGGUAGUUAAUGUGAUCAUAGCUACCAUUCUAUUAUUGAUUAUGUUCAAGAUCUUCGGUCAGACCAUGGCUAAGAGGGCCAGGGCGGAGAGAGCAAAGAUUGAGGAAGAGUGUCUCCAGAAGAACUGCAAGGAUAGGGCUGCCAGCGUGGACUUUGAAAACUAG